AUGACAAGAACUUUCUCUUUGCGAGACCAUUUAGCAGUGAAUCAAUCUAUCCAAGCCAGUGAGACUUUGGUUUCAGCUGGUGGAAUUGUUGAAAUGGGUUUCUUCAGUCCCAGAAACUCAACAAGACGAUACUUGGGUCUAUGGUACAGAAACGUAUCCCCUUUCUCAGUGGUUUGGGUGGCUAACCGAAACACACCUCUUGAGAGUAACUCGGGAGUUCUCAAACUCAAUGAAAAAGGGAUUCUUGUGCUUCUCAAUGGCGCAAAUAAAACCAUUUGGUCGUCCAAUAUAUCAGACACUGCAGUGAGUAACCCAAUUGCACAGCUUUUAGAUUCGGGGAAUCUGAUAGUGAAAAGUGGAUGGGAAACCAACAACGAGAACUUUUUAUGGCAGAGUUUUGACCAUCUAUGUGAUACAUUUCUGGCAGGAAUGAAACUUGGAUGGAACUUAGAAACUGGUCUAGAAAGGUUUUUACUAUCUUGGAAAAGUGUUGAUGAUCCUUCUGAGGGAGAAUAUAGUAUGAAAAUCGACCUUAGAGGAUUUCCUCAAGCAGUUAUACUUGAUGGAUUUGAGAUAAAGAUAAGAGUAGGGUCAUGGAAUGGCCAGUCUUGGGCUGGAUAUCCUGUUUCAAGUCCUGGAAGUUCACAAACAUUUGUGUUCAAUGAAAAAGAGGUGUAUUAUGAGUUCGGGCAUGUUGAUAGUUCGGUCUACACCGUACUUACAAUGAACCCGUUAGGUGCUUCACAGAGAAUUUUUUGGACAACUCAAACAAGAACCAGGCAAGUGAUCUCAUCUGGGGAGGAAGAUCAAUGUGAGAAUUAUGCCUUUUGUGGGGCUAAUGCUGUAUGCAGUUAUGAUGGUAACCAUCCAAGCUGCGAAUGCGUGAAAGGAUAUGUUCCCAAGAAUCCUCAAUACUGGAAUUUAUCAGUUUGGUCUGAUGGUUGUGCUCCAAGAAAUAAAUCUAAUUGCAAAAACAGUUCUACAUAUGGCUUCUUAAAGUACACAGACAUGAAAUUGCCAGACACAUCUUCAUCAUGGUUUAGUAGGACAAUGAACCUUGAGGAUUGUCAGAAGCAGUGUCUGGAAAACUGUUCUUGUGUAGCUUGUGCUAAUUUAGAUGUUCGUGGUGGAGGAAGUGGCUGUCUACUUUGGUUUAAUAGUCUGGUUGACUUGAGAAAAUUCUCUCAAUGGGGACAAGACCUUUAUAUCAAAGUCCCUACUUCAGAGCUAGAUUAUGUUGCAGCUGAAGCUCGCCGUAGAAAUGUCAAGAAAAAAAUAGUAGGAAUCACUGUUGGUGCAACUAUUUUUGGAAUCAUCAUCACAUGUGUAUGCAUCUUGAUAAUUAAAAAUCCAGGGGCUGCAAGAAAAUUUUAUAUCAAGCAUUACAAAAAUAUACAAACAAUGGAAGUCAUGGAUUUACCAACUUUUGAUUUCUCAGUCUUAUCUAAUGCCACUAGAAACUUUUCGACCGAAAACAAACUUGGAGAAGGAGGCUUUGGACCAGUAUACAAGGCCACACUGGUAGAUGGGAGAGAGCUAGCUGUGAAAAGGCUUUCAAAGAUGUCUGGACAAGGGUUGGAUGAGUUUAAAAAUGAAGUCGCAUUGAUUGCCAAACUUCAGCACCGCAAUCUUGUAAAACUUCUUGGUUGCUGCAUUGAAGGAGAAGAGAAAAUGUUGAUUUAUGAAUACAUGCCCAAUCAAAGUUUGGACUACUUUGUUUUUGGUCGAGCCCUUACGAUCUAUUCUAAUUUCACAUGGCAAUCUUCUUAUGUUUUUUUGUUUAUGAUUAAUGAAAUUAUGGAAACUGCAACUGCUAUGCUCAUUACGUGUUUGUAUUUGACUAGAUAA